AUGUUUCAUUUCGCUGGUGGCUCAACGGAAGGAACGAUUCCACAUCCAAGUAAUACGCAAAUCUCCAAAGUGCAGUUUUCGCCGGAUGAUAACGGCCAGUUGCUCGCGGUAUCAAGUUGGGAAGGUACUGUUCGCAUUUAUCAUUUUCCUGCUGGUCCAGUUACUGCACUAGAGAAACGAGUAUAUACACAUGCUAAGCCUGUCUUAGCAUGCACUUUCUUCACCAGAAAUGAUAUUGCAAGUGGCGGUCUGGAUAAUUUGAUUAAGACAUACAAUAUGGAGAGUGGAGUAGAAUGUAUUCUGGGGCAUCACGAAGCUCCUGUGCGGUGCAUAGAAUAUUGUAAGGAGCACAAUUUGAUAGCUUCAGGAGGAUGGGAUUCUGCAGUGAUGUUAUGGGAUGCACGGUCAAAAAAUUCAGCUGGAUUUGGAAGUAAUGGCGAUAAAGUUUAUGCAAUGGAUGUACACGGAAAUAGGAUUCUUGUUGGUACAAAAGAUCGCAAAAUAAUUGUCUGGGAUAUGCGCAAUCUUGGUGAACCUGAGCAAAUACGUGAUAGUCCACUCAAGUUUCAAACGCGAGCUGUGAAAUGCUUUCCAACUGGCGAAGCUUUUGUUGUUGCUUCUAUUGAAGGGCGUGUGGCGGUAGAGUAUUUUGAUAUGUCAGCAGAAGUUCAGAAAAAUAAAUAUGCUUUUAAAUGCCACCGUGAAAAGGACGAAUCUGGUACCGAGAUGAUAUAUCCCGUAAAUUGCAUCGAUUUUCAUCCCAUACACAACACAUUUGUUACUGGAGGUAUCAUGAGCGUUUCAUUCAAUGCAACCGGAACACAGUUAGCAAUCGCAGCGUCGUAUAUGAAUGAAUUAAAAGAACGCCCUAAUCCAGAACCCGAAAGUACAGUUGUAGUGAGGAAAAUUACAGAUGUAGAAGCAAGGCCGAAAUGA